UAUAAAAAAGGAAAAAGCAGCUCUUCUGGCAAGAUGGCGGGAGGAGAAGCUGGAGUGACUCUGGGGCAGCCGCAUCUUUCGCGCCAGGAUCUCACCACCUUGGAUGUUACCAAGUUGACGCCACUUUCACACGAAGUUAUCAGCAGACAAGCCACAAUUAAUAUAGGUACAAUUGGUCAUGUAGCUCAUGGGAAAUCCACAGUUGUCAAAGCUAUUUCUGGAGUUCACACAGUCAGGUUCAAAAAUGAACUAGAAAGAAAUAUUACAAUCAAGCUUGGAUAUGCUAAUGCUAAGAUUUAUAAACUUGAUGACCCAAGUUGCCCUCGGCCAGAAUGUUAUAGAUCUUGUGGGAGCAGUACACCUGAUGAGUUUCCUACAGACAUUCCGGGGACCAAAGGGAACUUCAAAUUAGUCAGACAUGUUUCCUUUGUUGACUGUCCUGGCCACGAUAUUUUGAUGGCUACUAUGCUGAAUGGUGCAGCAGUGAUGGAUGCAGCUCUUCUGCUGAUAGCUGGUAAUGAAUCUUGCCCUCAGCCUCAGACAUCUGAACACCUAGCUGCUAUAGAGAUCAUGAAACUGAAGCAUAUUUUGAUUCUACAAAAUAAAAUUGAUUUGGUAAAAGAAAGUCAGGCUAAAGAACAAUACGAACAGAUCCUUGCUUUUGUCCAAGGUACAGUAGCAGAGGGAGCUCCCAUUAUUCCAAUAUCGGCUCAGCUGAAAUACAAUAUUGAAGUUGUUUGUGAGUACAUAGUAAAGAAAAUUCCAGUACCCCCAAGAGACUUUACUUCAGAGCCCCGCCUUAUUGUUAUUAGAUCUUUUGAUGUCAACAAACCUGGCUGUGAAGUUGAUGACCUUAAGGGGGGUGUAGCUGGUGGUAGUAUCCUAAAAGGAGUAUUAAAAGUGGGCCAGGAGAUAGAAGUAAGACCUGGUAUUGUUUCCAAGGAUAGUGAAGGAAAACUCAUGUGUAAACCAAUCUUUUCCAAAAUUGUAUCGCUUUUUGCGGAGCAUAAUGAUCUGCAAUAUGCUGCUCCGGGUGGUCUUAUUGGAGUUGGAACAAAAAUUGACCCCACUUUGUGCCGGGCUGACAGAAUGGUGGGGCAGGUACUUGGUGCAGUCGGAGCCUUACCUGAGAUAUUCACAGAAUUGGAAAUUUCCUAUUUCCUGCUUAGACGGCUUCUAGGUGUACGCACUGAAGGAGACAAGAAGGCAGCAAAGGUGCAAAAGCUGUCUAAGAAUGAAGUGCUCAUGGUGAACAUAGGGUCCCUGUCGACAGGAGGGAGAGUUAGUGCUGUCAAGGCCGAUCUGGGUAAAAUUGUUUUGACCAAUCCAGUGUGCACAGAGGUAGGAGAAAAAAUUGCCCUUAGCAGAAGAGUUGAAAAACACUGGCGUUUAAUUGGUUGGGGUCAGAUAAGAAGAGGAGUGACAAUCAAGCCAACAGUAGAUGAUGACUGAUGAAUACCAGUUAAAUAAUAAAUUUGGAUGGAGUUGGAAGUUGAAAUUUCUCUUAACAACCAAGGAAUUUAUUUUCAAAGCAAUAUUGGGGAAUUUAUUUACAAUUUGUUACCUUAGUAGAUAGCUAUAAGUUUAUUCUCAUUUUUUUGGUUAUGAAAACUUAGGGACUACAAUUAAUAUAAAAAUUGGCAUGAUGUUGGACUGAAUCUCUAUUUUGACAGACUUGAAGACCUUUUCGCUUUUCUUUGGCCUCGUAUUUUAUGUUGCUUUAUCUUUGAAAUUUUGCAUGAAAAGGAAAUUAAUGGGUUGAAAUAAAAUUCUUCUUUAGAGCAUGAGUACUUGUUCCCAUGGAGAAAUUUUUUUCUUCCUUGCUCUUCCUGGCCUGAAACAUGGGAAACCAGAGUCAGAAGUUAUCUUCCUUUCCCUGUGAUGUCUUGAGAUUUUUUUUCUGCAUUGUUUUAUGCCUGAAAUCCAAUAGUCUUCCUCCAUUGGAAAAUACUGUUAUACCAAAUAAUUCUAAAUGAGUAACAAAUAUCUUUCCAAGUCUUCAUUUUAUGUUUUUUCUUAUGAUCAUAAUAUUAUGAUCAUAACACAGAUUGUAAUAUUACUAAUUUUUGGACAUUUGAAAAGGGACAGAAGUAAAAGGUGUUAGAAAGCAAUAAGUGAAUCAAGAUGCCCCACAGAGAUUCUGAUUUAAUUGUUCUGUUUUAAUUGGCUUGGAGUAGAAUUCAGGCAUUGAUAUCUUUAAAAACACUCCCCAGUGUUGAGAAAUUUAGAGAGAUGAGAAGUAGGUAUAUUAAAUUACAGAAUCUUACUGAGUUUUGGUAGUCUGAUAAUACAGUUUGCUUUGCUUUUCUUAAAUUUGCAUUGAGAUGGGGUUUGAAGCAUAUUAUUGUACUCUUUUGAAUGUUGAAGUUGCAUUGUAGCAGUUUAGAACCUCUGGCUAUGGGUUAUCUAAGUUGAUGUUUUGAGGACGCGUAUUAAUGUUAUAUACGUGGCUGACUUUGAAGGUUGUGUUGUAGCAUGAGGAACACAAAACAAUUCUACAUCAAAAAGAAAAAGGAAAAAAAGG